AUGACAUCGGUUAUUAAGAGUCAUAGACCUACUACGUCGCCUGAAAGAGAUCCCUCAACACUCUCUAACUACUUCAAUCUUAAGUUGAAUCAUACCGUGUUAACGUUUAAGGUCAACUUUGAAGAAAAAAUAUUGCAUGGCCAUGUUGAAUUCAAGUUAAGCGACGUUAAAGAUCCUUGUAUAGCGUUGGACACGUCGUAUUUGAAGAUUCCCAAAGUAGCCAUUAAUGGUACAUCCACCACUUCCUUUAAAGUCGAUGAUAGACUUGAACCGUUAGGAAGCAAACUUCGAAUCGAAUUACCUCAGCAGCAUGACGCUGACAUAACUUUAGCCAUUGAUUUUGAAACCACCCGAGAGUGUACUGCAUUGCAAUUCUUAGAUAAAGAAGCAACAGAUGGUAAAUCUUAUCCAUACUUGUUCUCCCAAUGUCAGGCCAUUCAUGCUAGAAGUUUGUUCCCAUGCUUUGACACCCCAGCCAUUAAGUCGACAUAUGACUUCACUGUUGAAUCUCCAUAUACUUCAUUGAUGUCUGGUAGGCCAAUUGAAGAAGAAGAUGACGAUGCCAACGGGGUUUAUAAAUUUGAACAGCCAAUUCCUAUUCCCUCGUAUUUGGUGGCCAUUGCUCUGGGUGAUAUUACCAAGAAGCCCAUUGGACCAAGAUCAGAUGUAUAUUGUGAACCUUGCAAUGUCAAAGCAUGUCAAAUGGAAUUUAAAGAUGAUAUGGAGAAUUUCAUUCAAAUUGCUGAAAAGUUGAUCUUUGAUUAUGAAUGGCUAAAAUACGAUGCCUUAGUACUUCCAAUGUCGUUCCCUUACGGAGGCAUGGAGAACCCCAACGUCACGUUUGUCACUCCUACGCUUAUUACUGGGGACCAUGGAUGUGUGGAUGUUUUAGCUCAUGAAUUGGCCCAUUCUUGGAGUGGUAACUUGGUGACCAAUUGCUCAUGGGAGCAUUUCUGGUUGAAUGAAGGGUGGACCGUUUAUUUGGAAAGAAGAAUCCAGGGAAAUUUACAUGGAGAGCCAACCCGUCAUUUCAGUGCUAUUAUUGGGUGGAAUGACUUGGAAAAUAGCAUUAAAGCCAUGGGAGAAUCUGCCAAUCGAUUUUCAACUUUGGUUCAAGAUUUAAAGGAUCAAUGUGAUCCUGAUGAUGCCUUCAGUACCGUACCUUAUGAGAAAGGGUUUAACUUGUUGUUGCAUAUUGAACAAGUGCUUGGAGGUACAGCCAUAUUUGAUGCUUUUAUUCCUCAUUAUUUCAACAAGUUCAAGUAUAAAUCUCUUGAUACUUAUCAAUUCAUGGAUACUUUAUAUGGUUUCUUUGACGAUAAGAAGGAUUUGUUGGACACCAUUGAUUGGAACACUUGGCUUUAUAAACCAGGAAUGCCUCCUAUUAAGCCUCAAUUCGAUACUAGUUUGGUUGACCAAUGCUAUGCUUUGGCAGAUAAAUGGUAUCAUGUGAUUACCACGGACGGUGACUAUAACCAUCACUUUAGUUUAAAGGACAUCGAGCUGUUCUCUUCCAAUCAGUCGGUUGUGUUCUUGGACACAUUGACCAGCAUGAAAUUGGAAUGGUCCAGACAUGUUGAUGCGCUCAAGUCUAUGGCUACUAUUUACACCCCAUAUUCAUGUACAGCCAAUUCUGAAGUCCUUUUCAGAUGGUACUAUUUACAAGUUAAAGGACAUAACACUGACUACUAUACCAAAUUAGGUGAUUGGUUAGGGACUGUUGGAAGAAUGAAGUUUGUCAGACCAGGGUAUGUUUUACUUAAUACUGUUGAUCAUGAAUUGGCUGUAUCAUACUUUCAUGAGUUUGAGUCGAGAUACCAUCCAAUUUGUAGAUCAUUAGUUAAGAAGGAUUUGGGGCUUUAG